GGCCCAAGUUUGUCAGGUCUGCUCCAAAGGGGGGAAUGGUGCGAGGCGCGCCCGUGAAACAGCCAGGCGCAGCUGAAGGUGCGCCGCACGCUUCUCGGGACUGUGUUCGGAGACCCUGCAGAGGUGCCCGCCGACCUGCGCUGGGCCUCCGUGUCUGCCUGGGCAGCGAGCCGCGGCGCUGCCGUGGCGCCGCGCCUCGGGCCGGACGGGCGGGGCGGCGUGCGCCUGCGACCCGGGGAGGCGCUGCGGCACGCCGAGAUGCUCAUGGAGGUCGGCGUCCUGCCCCACGACGCCGCCGUGCGGCUCGGCGGCUCGCGGGAAGGCCGGGCGCAGGUCCUGCGUCGCUCCUGGCCUCCCGGGGCCCUCCGCGGCCCCCUGGGCUGCUGGAGCGCGACGGAGGACGAGGAGCGGAGCGACGGAGAGUGGACGAGAUCGUCCUCUGCCGGCACGGGCGCGCAGGCCGAGCUGGCGCCCUGGGCCGACGCGCUGGAGAGCUGCUGGUCUCGCGGCGGGCGGCCCCCUCCCGCGGCGCGGCGGUGCAGGCGAUCGACCGCGCCCUCCGCGCCGCCGAACGAGAGGCGGGCGCCCCGCUCGGCACCGAGGCCGCCCAGAGCCUCGGGGCGCUGGCGGCAGACGUCCGCCGCCUGCGAGAGGCGACACGCCUGCUGCUGCGGCGGGCCCGCGGGCGGCUCCCGCGCCCGCGGGGGGCCUCGGAGGGCGGCGUGGCAGCGCCCGCGAAAGAGACGGGCUGCAUGAGGCGAGAAGCGAUUGGCAGUACGUAUCAAAAGCAUAGCGUCUGGCUGAUGGUUCGCCGAGCA